AUGGAUCAAACUCCAAAAGAACUUCUUAAACAUCGAAUAAGAGAGUUAUUGCACUCUGAUCCACAGAAUCGAGGAAAUGGCCUCACCAAAACAAAAGCCAAGAUUUCUGAGCCAAAAAUUCACAAAGCAGCAACCAAGAAGAUUGAUACAACUAAGCUCAAGUAUAGUGGAAUAAUGCUUAUGAGUAAUUGUCACUCAAAUACGGAUUACAGUAUAACAUCAAGGUAUAUCUUCAGUCAUCCUUGCCCUGGAAAUGCUACAUCCGGGACAUUGCAGCAUAAAAUGAUCAAAUUAGAAAAUUUUCUGAGACAAAAGGUCUCACCACCUCCUUCGCUUCCUGCCAUACCAAUAUGCAAAGACUGCUAUGGAUGCUGCCACGACAACUCCAGCAGUUGCGUGCAAAGCAUAUAUGGGUUUCUCAAUAAGCAGCCCCGAACCACCAGAAUCAAGAGGCUGCGAUGA